GGAGCUGGGCAGGUCGGUCCUGACUAGACUAGGAGGUGAGGAGGUGUCGCGCUCUGCCAGGCUGACACGCACCGCGAUCCCUGUGUCCCUGGACAUCUUCAGGAAGGAAUUCGAGUUUUCAGCCUCGGGCUUGGCAGCUCGAGGACUCCUUCGACGCGAGGCUGACCUCGCAGGGCGGCCCGGGACCCCAGUUUGCGGUUUCCCGCAGACUCCCAGUUGUCGGGGUCCUGGGAGCGGCCCGGGGCACCCGGACCCGGAGCACCGCGUUCCCGGGCGAGGGGUUGUCCCGGGCCCCGUCGGGCUCGCUCCUGCUUGUCAGAUCCCUGGGGUCUUUAUUCUGUGUCCCGGUGGCGAGGGACAGGUAAAGGUGCCCAUGACUCUCAGCAGGUGGAGGAGAAGCCUCGCCCAGGCUCAGAAGUUCGGUUCUCAAGGUUGGAGUUAAGAACAUCAAUAAUGGAGCUAGCUCACAGUUUAUUGCUAAAUGAAGAAGCAUUGGCUCAGAUCACAAAGGCAAAGGGACCAGUGUUCAUCUUUGAAUGGUUAAGAUUUCUUGAUAAAGUCCUAGUUGCUGCCAACAAGUGCCUUCUGGAACUACAGAAUGAAGCUGUGUUCAUGUGGACUGUUGAACUAGAAAAUAUAGCUAUCCUCUGCUUUAAGGCUUUGGAAAACUCAAAUUAUGGGACCCAAAUUCAAUGUCCAGAACCUACAUCAAGCAGCUUACAACUUCCCGUAACUCCACCUUUGGGAAUCCAGUGCCCUCCACUGCUUUCUACUUGGUCUCUUCAUUCACUUGUCCUGAGAGUGGUUUCUAGUGGCCCAAUGUACCGUGGGUACUUGGAACCCACGCUGUCCCUGGUUGUUACCUUGCUGCUGACAGUUCCACCUUCACACACAGAAGUUCACCAGUGUUUGGGCAGAUGCUUGGGGGCCACCAUAACUACUGUUGGACCAGAGCUGCAGGGAAAUGCAGCCACCAUUUCCACCAUCCGAUCCUCUUGCUUGGUGGAUUGUGCCAUCACCCAGGACCACUCUGAUUCUCUGCUUCAGGCAGCUGCCAUCUCUUGCCUUCAAGAGCUUCACAUGUUUGCCCCACGACACGUCAAUCUGUCCAGCCUUGUUCCAAGCCUUUGUGUGGGAGCUGCCCUAAGACCAGCCUUUUCACAAGAUACGCCAUCAGACAUAAUAGCAAAAGCUUGUCAGGUAUAUGUGGUUGCUAUGAAUAUUAAGAAAGAAGCAGAGUCAAAAUCAAAGAGAGCAAUGAAAAAUACUGAUGAUGAUGAUGACGACGACUAUGGUACCAUAGACGAACUGCCUCCAGACAGUUUAAUAACCCUGGUGCAGCCUGAACUGCCGACACUCAGCCGCCUGUGGCUGUCAGCAUUGAGAGACUAUGCACUUUUGACUUUACCAGCUGAGUUUUCCAGUCAGUUUCCCCCAGAUGGGGGAGCAUUUUAUACUCCCGAAACCAUUGAUACAGCAAGACUUCACUACCGGAACUCCUGGGCCCCAAUUCUCCAUGCAGUGGCACUCUGGUUAAACAGCACAGGAUUUAUAUGUCAAGAGUGCACAGAAGCAACAACUGAGUCUGGUGUACAGAAACGCUCCCCAGCGGUCAGUUUAAAGCAGGUUCCAGGAGCAAUGGCUAGUGCGGAAGCCUUGCCAGAAGUUAACAAGGACAGAAUGCACCUGACCCUAGGUGUGAGUAUACAGUUUCUUUGUUCCCCUCGACCCGAGGGGCCCAUUGAACAUGUUACAGCAUGCCUGCAGGCCUUACACCCCUUACUGGGUUCUCCUUAUGCAUGAAUCCACAUUAUAGAAGAUCAGCUGAUUGGUGUUGAGCUGCUAAGUGUCCUGCACUGCCUGUUACUGACGUGGAACCCACCCGCUAUCCAUCUGCUGGUCACUGGAGUUGUGCAGCAGAUUGUCAGGGCUGCUCAGGACUAUGGACAGGAAAAGAGAAGCGCUCUAAGAUGUAUGACAAUCCUGCCCACAAUUCUGUUCUUAAUUGCAAGAAUAUUGAAAGACACAGCAAUAAAGUCUGCGGACAAUCAGCAGGUUCCUAUCCCAGUCAGUGCAGCUCUUCAGGGAAUAAAAAGUAUCGUGACUCUGUCCAUGGCCAAAACUGAGGAAACUCAGAGACAGUGGACAGCUCUAAUUGGGAGCACUCUUGCCUGCAUCCUGGAAUAUUCUCACCCAGAUGACUGUAUGCCCGCGCCUGAUGAAGCGAGCAUGCUUACAGCCAUUGCGCUCUUCCUGUGGUCUGCCAGCAGUGAAAUAAUAGGAGUGCAGUCCCUGCAGAAUGGCUGCGUGAACAGAUUUAAAAGUGCCCUGAACUCAUGUGACCCAUGGGUUCAAGCCAAAUGCUACCAGCUUCUCCUCUCGGUCUUCCAGCAUUCCAAUCGCGCGCUUUCUACUCCCUACAUCCACUCAUUAGCCCCGCUAAUGGUAGGGAAGCUGAAAGCUGUGGAGAAAAACAGACCAGCCAGUGGCACGGAACUUCUGGCUGUCCAAGAAGGAAUUAAAGUUCUUGAAACAUUGGUUGCUCUUGGGGAAGAACAGAACAGAGUCCAGUUACUCGCUCUUCUAGUGCCCACUCUGAUCUCUUACCUGCUGGAUGAAAAUUCUUUUGCCUCAGCAAGUCCGAUCUCCAAAGAUCUUCAUGAGUUUGCACUCCAGAACUUAAUGCAUAUUGGACCUCUGUACCCACAUGCUUUCAAGACAGUGAUGGGGGCUGCUCCUGAACUGAAAGCUCGCCUAGAGACUGCUGUCCGAGCCAGCCAGGCAAGCAAAGCUAAGGCAGCCGCCAGGCAGCCUGCCCCCACCACACAUUCUGCACCAACAAUCAAGCUGAAAACAAGCUUUUUGUAGUGUGCCUUUCCA